AGUUGGGACAAUUUACGGAGGUUUCUAUUACCGGAUAGUCGACGACAAUAACGAUAUGUAUACAGCUAAUAUGCAUUGCAUGCUAUUUUUGUGUCCUUUAGCGGAGUAAGGAGGAUAUCCAUGUAAAAUAAUUUUCUACUUAUUCGAGGAGUUUGAUGUAUUUCGCUUGAACAUUGAAGCUUAACUGAGAAACUACCCUCCCUAUUUGAACUGAGGAUGAUUUUUGCCAAUACUGGAAACCCACUAAGGACUCCGUAUCGCAAACAGCCACCUGUUGCCCCAUCGUCACAGCCCAUGGCUCCACCCAGCCCCAGCAACAGCAGCAGCAGCACUGCAGGCUGGGACCAGCUCAGCAAAACGAACCUGUACAUCCGAGGCCUGUCCCCCUCAACCACAGACCAUGACCUGGUCAAGCUCUGUCAACCGUAUGGCAAAAUUGUGUCAACAAAGGCCAUCCUGGACAAGACUACAAACAAAUGUAAAGGAUAUGGCUUUGUGGACUUUGACAGCCCUGCUGCAGCUCAGAAAGCCGUGGCUGCCCUGAAAACCACUGGUGUCCAAGCUCAGAUGGCAAAGCAACAAGAACAAGACCCGACAAACCUGUACAUCUCCAAUUUGCCUCUGUCUAUGGACGAGCAGGAGUUGGAGAAUAUGUUGAAGCACUUCGGCCAGGUCAUAUCCACUCGCAUCCUGAGGGACUCCAGUGGAGGCAGCAGAGGAGUGGGCUUUGCAAGGAUGGAGUCAACUGAAAAAUGUGAUGCCGUCAUUUCCCACUUCAACGGAAAGUUUAUUAAGACGCCUGCAGGUGUUCCGGCACCACCUGAACCUUUGCUGUGCAAGUUCGCCGAUGGUGGACAGAAAAAGCGACAAAGUCAGAAUAAAUUUGCCCUGAAUGGUCGCGGAUGGGGAAGAGACAGUGACUCGAGGCUGGCUGGAAUGACUCUCACAUAUGACCCCAGUGCAGCUGCUAUGCAAAACGGAUUUUUCCCACCAGCGUACAGUAUUUCAAACAGGAUGAUCGCUCAAGCGUCCAUGUCCCCUUACAUGUCUCCGGUUUCAACGUACCAGGUGCAGAACCCAUCCUGGUUGUCUCAUCAGCCCUACAUCAUGCAGCACCCGGGUACUGUGCUAUCGCCCUCUAUGGACCAUUCUAUGUCACUACAGCCUACUUCCAUGAUGACCCCUCUAGCACAGCAGAUGAGUCACCUCUCUCUGGGCAGUGCAGGGACGUUUAUGGCUGCCAACACAGCUAUGCAAGGAGCAUAUAUCCCGCAGUACGCACACAUGCAGACGUCAAAUGUUCCCGUAGAGGAAAAUGGCGCACAGUCACAGGUGGACUCAUCUGGCAAUCAUUCUCCAUAUUCCUACCAACAAACAAAGUAGUGCUGAGGCAACAUUUGGACAACAGCUAAAACAAUCAUGUCUACAAAUGCAACGGAUGCUGAGGAUCUUUUCACUGUUUUGCACAGGUUCUGCAAAUGUUUAAGUGAGACUAUUUUUGGUAUCAUUUUCAGAGAGAAUAUCUGAGUUCAUCAAAGGAUUUGAAUUAUAUAUAUUAAAAAGAAAAAGAAAAAAAGAUUUGAAAAAGUUUUAUUUUCAUACUAGAAAACGUUUAUUUUUUACCUAGGAUUGCCGCAGGAUACAAGGAUGAAUCAUGUGACUAGUUGUGACUCAAAGUGCAUGAUAGUAAAUAUGUCUUUUGUUAAUAUUUCCAGAUUUUUCUUUUCUUUUUCUGAAGACUUUUUUUUUUCCAGCCAGACAUUUUUGAAAAUGAUGUUUUUGUGCUUGCUGUGUGAGUGUUGCUAUGGUGAAGUGUUACGUGUUGUUAUCUUGUAAAGUGAUUUCUCUUAGUACUUUAGAUUGAUCUUGCUGUCUGAUUUUAAAAAAAAAUGCCUUCAUAGUUUUGAUACAGUAGUUGUACAAACCACCACAGAGCAGCAAUAAGCAAAAAAAGUUGAGCGCUAUUGCCUUGGAAAUUAGCUAUGUAGGGCUUUUUUUUUUUUUUUUUUUUUUUUUAAAGAAAUCAAUGUGUUUUUGCUUUUCCCCCUCCAAAACUGAUAGAAAAGUAGAAGACAUUUUUAGAGAAAACGUUUUAAAUGACUCCACAUCUGAUGAUUUUAUUGGAUGUAAUAUUUAUUAAGUAAGAAGACCUUACAUGUUUCUGGAUGUUGGAAUGUUUUACCUUUUGAAUCUUGCCUUUUUGAUUACUUGGUGUUGUAGAAUAGAUGAAAUUGAACUUGGUGGGGUGGAGGAAUGAGAAGGGGGCAAAUGUUGUGUGUCGGUUGUGUUUUUGUCUUUUUGGGUGAUGUAGAUUGUUAUUUUGAUGGUGUCUUUUUCACUUUUAAUUGAAAAAAUAACAGGAAAACAUAGACUUAUGAUUGUGCAAAAAAAAAAAAUCAUCAAAGCCUUGUAAUAGAGCAAAAGUUCAGUAAGUCAGGGGGGGUAAAAUGAGAUGAAUAUGUUUACUUUAUUGCACCUCGCUCUUUGAUAGGAAACAAACAAACUAGGCACUUUCAAUUGUAGUUUACUUCACCAAAGAUUGUGAGCUAGUACACUGAGGAAAUCAUUUGUCUCUUUAACCAGGACACAAGUGACUCUGCAAACUAGAUUGCAGUUUGGACAGUGUGCCUUUUUUAUACAAUUACAUUCAAUUUUCAUAGGUAAUAGUACAGUACGGACACAAACAUGAAGGAAGGCCUGGAUCCAACAAGUGCCACAGAUUAAUUUCAUACUUAAAAAAAAAAGGAAAAUGCAACAUAAAAGAAAAGAUUAAAAAGAAAAUAAAUGUAAGAUAUGAAAAGACAGUGCUAUGAGCUUUUUUAAAACAAAAAAAAGGCAGAUAAUUUUUGGAUUAUAGUGGAUUAAAGCAGGCUUUUUGAUUAUGGUAUCCUCCAGUGAGCCUGUGAUUCGACCUGGUGGUCAGUCAGACCAGUUAUCUACCUCAGAGUUUUCGUUCUCCUCUGUACUAGGUCGGGUUAGCAGGUCCAGCCCGCCUUUCCAGACCAAAUGCCACGCUCAGGAGCUGGCCACAUACAGCUGUUUCCUUAUGGGUUGUUUUGAAUAUUUUCUGAUUUCCUUUAGACCUAUUUUUUUAUGAUGUGUUAUUGUAAUCAUUAGGGUGGGCGACAACAUGUUUCUACUCAUGUUCACACAUUUAGUUUUUUUUUUUUUAAAGGGGUGCUGCUUUCACGGCAAUAGAUUCCAGAUUUAAAGACCAACAAUGACAACAAAGUGUCGUGGUGUUCACUGGAUCUGUGCUCCUUUAAACAAACGUGUUCGUUGCUUUGUCGAGGGUCGAGACAAACUUACAGCAGCAUUUCCUCUGUGUGCAACACAUGUAAAGGGCCUCUGUGAUUAUACUUGAGAUUUCUGUGUAAUGCCUAAGACUGAGAAGUAAUACUGUCUUGUGAGGUUAAAGCUGCUAGUGGUGUCUGAACCAAGUGCCAUAGUAUCUGGGUCAAGAGUUGCAGAGGUGCACAUAAGAAAAAAAAUACCCAUAUAAAUAACCACCAUGUUGAACAGUCAUUAAGUUAUAUGAAAAAAGUUCUAAUUUAUGAAGAUUGUUGUACAGACAGCUUGAGGAAAUAAGAGAUUUUCAUAGAGCUAUAUGAAAGUUUAUUGUUUUUAAUUUUUUUUUUUUACUUGUGCCACAAAAUUGCCAGUGGUAACUUGUAUGUACAGUUUAAGGAAUCUUUCCUCUGUAUUUUGUUUUGUAGUGUUUGUUAAAGCCAAAGACUUUUGUUUUCUCAGUAGAAUGUUUAUUCUUUACAUUUCUUUGACAUUUUUGAAUAAAAUUUUCAAAUUUUUCAACUUUUAA